ACGGGUUGAACGUUACCAACAAUGGAUUGAUUUAAUAAAGAAUGUUACAGGUCGCGACCCUCUCUGCUGCGUCUUUACUAGCAAUGGAAGUGCAACCCAUGAGAGGGCAAAACAGGAACUAAAGCAUCACAGCGCCACUGACAUCUACGAGGUACCUUACCAUAAUGACCAUUUCUCAGAUGGGGAACAGUUGCAGUGGCUUGAUCUCCUACAUGGAUGCCUCUGUAAAGCUGACGAAGUGAUGCUAUUCAGCAAUCCAUCAUUUCUUAAGAGUCGUGAACAAGAGAGUAAACAAGAAAGAGAAGCACGGAAGAGGCACGAAGAAGAAAUCAGAGAGCGAGAAGAAGAAAAGAGGUUCCUUCAAACAAGAAUUGCGAACUUAACGCAGUUACUCAACGAGUCCCGUGCAAGUUGCCAAAGCAAAGUAAGCGAAAAUGCAAGCCUAACAUAUUAUAUGAGGGUUGAACAAGAAAGCCGUGAACAAAGUGAUAGGGCUAUGAUGGAAAAUGAGAAAAGAGCAAAGCAGGUUAUGGAGAAGUACAGGCAGAGGGAGAUACAAUUCGAUGAAAAACUAAAAUCGAAGGAUCUGCGUAUCAAAACAAUGGCAGAAAACUUCCAAAGAACAGAAAGCACGACAACCCUUAAAAUUCAACGACUAGAGACCAACAAUGAAGAUAUGACAAAGAAAUUAAAGUCCAAGCAACAACACGUAGACACUUUGACAGAAAUCGUAGGGGAGAAAGAGCGAAACGAGACGACUCUAAGGCAGCACGUUGAAGAAUUAAAGAAAGGAAGAGAGGAAGACAGAGCGGGAAUUGAGAUGGAAAAACUGUCAGUAGAAUUAAGCUGGAAGAAGGAGCUUGACUAUAAGGAACAGAUUAUAGGGCAACUUGAGCGUGAGACCUGGAAGCUGAGAACCAAACUUCAACUAGAAAGUGAGAUACGAUCAGCAAAGCAGAAGAAGAAAGCAGAGACACGUCAAUGGAAUUUCAUUCGCUGGAUGACUCCUGGAAAACAAGCUCUGGGGGGAAUAACGUCCUCUGGAGAUAAUUCCAUUGGAGAAUUAGAUCAAUCAGAAAAGAGCAAUGCAUCACAACCAGAGGAGGAACCAACCAAUGAUGAGUUUGCAGAUAUCUUGAAGCAGAUAGCUCACGAUCUUUCCGAUGAGACCCAGAUCGACAGCUUGGGUAGUCAGUUAGGAAUCCUACAGGGUGACAUAGCUAGAGCUCUCAAGACCAACAUGACAUACGAACAGGUUACCAGUAGAGGAACCCAUCUCAUGUUGAAGCAUUGGAGAGAAGGUGUGUCCAAGGAAGACGAGCGGAUCGAAAUGAGGAGAGCGCUUGAGGCUGCCAAGUUGUUAGGACUUGCUCAACAUUAUUUCCCACAAGGAACAGGAAAAGGACCAGAACUCCCUCAGAAAAUGGAAGGUUCUCACCAGUUACUCGGGAUAGACAACACUCCAUCAGCACAAGGGUACUCAGGUGGACAAAGAAAUACACGGGAGACUACUGCAGCCACUGACCAACUUCGUCUGCACGACCGGUCCUCCAAGAAUCCUGGGGAGGCGGGUGAAUGCAUGGACCAACUUUCUGAACAACUAUCAAACCAGAGCACUGUUGGUGUACAUGGUACAUCCGAAGACAAGCCCUAUGGGGGGUUGACAGGACUAGAACACCCUCAGAAAAUAGGAGAAGCACCAGGGUCCUCAGGAGGACAGAACAAGACCAAUAAGCCUACAACAACAACUCACCAAGCUCUUGACGACACGUCACCCAAGAACCAAAGGGAUGAAGGGAUUGAAGGUAUGAACCAACAUUCUGAAGAAUCAUCAGUCAACAAUAUCGCUGAUGAUGUACAAGAAACAUCCGUAGAUGUGUCUUCUAACGAGCUGUUCGGCGAGGGAACUGACACAUCGGAUGAAAGGGGUGUAGAAUGUUGCGUCCCUCUCUGUGCCAUGCGCUCUACCGGGAGACGUGGAGCCAUCGAAAAAGCGAAAACUGAUUUGAAUCAUCUCGGGAUCACUGAUAUUUACGAAGUAGAUCUGGAUGAUCACAUUCUCUCAGAUGAGGAUCAGUUGCAGUGGCUUGCCCUAAUACAUGGAUGCCUUCAAGAAGGUGACAGAGCGUUAGCAAUUAAUGAACUGGAGAACGUAUGCACGAAUCCGUGUGAGUUGCUCUAUGACGAAACCAAGAAAGAGGCAGAAGAACUAAACCAGACGAUGUUUAAAGAAGUCCAAAACGUAAAACAGGAAAAGAGGUCACUACAGUACGAAAUUAAGGGCAUUGAACAGAAAUAUGAAGAAUCCUUAGCAAGUCAUGAAAGCCUUGUCAACGACAAUGCAAUACUUAUGAGCGAGAUGGUACGCGAAAAAGAAAAGCGAAAGCAAGUUGAAAUGAAUUUGAGUAGAAGUGAGAAAGUUGCAAAGCGCGAUAUGUCGAUAUACAAACAACUAGAGCUAGAGCUGAAGGAGAAACUUAAAUCAAAAGAGCUGCGCAUCAGAACAUUGGAAGACAAAUUACAGAAUACAGAGGAGACGGCAAGACGUGACGUCGAGCGACUACAUACCGAAACGGACGACGAAAGAGCGAGAUCAGAGAAAGAGAGGCACUCCUUGGCAGCAGAAAUGACGAAGAAACUCGAGUCUAAGCAACAACACGUAGACAAUUUGACAGAAAUCGUAGAGGAGAGAGAGCGAAAUGAGACGACACGAAGACAGCAAGUUGAAGAGCUCAGAAAAGAAAGAGAGAGAGACAGAGUGCAAUGUGAGAAGGACAAACGGUCAGGAGAAUUAAGCUGGAAGAAGGAGCUGGAUUAUAAUAAACAGCUUGAGCGUGAGAACUGGAAGCUGAGAACUAAAAUUCAACUAGAAAGUGAGAUACGAUCAGCAGAGCGGAAGAAGAAAGCAGAGACACGUCAAUGGAGUUUCAUUCGCUGGGUGACUCCUGGAAAACAAAUUCAGGACGGAAUAACUUCCUCUGAAGAUUAUUCAAGGGGAGAAGUCUGUUCAUCAGAAGGGAGCAAUGCAUCAAAAGCUGAGGCGAAACUAUCCAAUGAUGAGUUUGCAUCCAUCUUGAAGCAGAUAGCCGAUGAUCUUUACGAUGAGGCCAAAAUCGAUAGCUUCGGUAGUCAGUUAGGAAUUAUACAGGGUGACAUAGCGAGAGCUCUCAAAACAAACAUGAGAUACGAACAGGUCACCAGUCGAGGAACCCAUCUCAUGCUGAAGCAAUGGAGAAAAGGUGUGUCCCGAGAAGAUGAACGGAUUGAACUAAGGAGGGCGCUUGUGGCUGCAAAGUUGUUAGACCUUGCUGACCAUUAUUUUCCACAAGGAAGAGAAGCCGGACCAGAACACUCUCAUAGAAUAGAGGGUUCUCAAGAGCUAUUCGGGAUAGGUAGUAUAUCUGCAACGCUAGGGUCGUCAGAAAGACAAACCAAGACACGAGAGACUACUGCAGAUACUGAUCAACCUCGUGCACAGGACCAGUCAGGCAAGAACCACGGGGAUGAGGCGAGUGAAUGCAUAGAACAACUUUCUGAAGAGGUAUCAAACCACACCACUGAUGGUGUACAUGGCUCAUCCGAUGCUAUGCUCUAUGGAGGAGUAACUGGACUUAAACACCCUCACGGAGUAGUUGAAGUACAAGGGUCCUCUGGAGGACAAACAAAGACACAGAAGACUAGAUCAACCAGUGAUCAACCUCCUGAAGAGGACAAGUCCUUCAAGAACCACAGGGAGGAAGUGAGCGAAGGCAUGGACCAGCAUUCUAAAGGAUCACCAACCAACAGUUUUGAAGAUGAUUUACAAGAAACGUGCGUAGAUGUAUCUUCUACCAAGGCGUCUGACGAUGGAUCUGACACAUUGGAUGAAAGGGAUGUAGAAUAUGUCACCAUUAACUACAGCGACCUGCUUUCUAAUCUUGCCGUGACCGAGACAUCUUCGGAUAAUCUAUUGAUUCUUUUCUUCCUGAAAUUAAUCAUUGAUGUUCCUCAAAAAGCAUGUGGUUGA